AUGGAGAUUGAGAUAAUCUCAAGAGAGUGCAUCAAACCCUCUUCUCCAACACCUCAUCACCUUAGAACCUACAAAAUCUCUCUGGUUGAUCAAUUUGGCGCUCCAUCUUUAGUUUCCAACGUUCUUUUCUAUCCACUAAUCCAAGCUACCUCAGUCUCCAUAUCCAAUAGAUCACAAGUGCUAAAACAAUCUCUAUCAAAAACUCUCACUCUGUACUAUCCGAUCGCUGGUAGAUUCAUCGACAAUCUUUCCAUUGAUUGUAACGAUGACGGACUUUGCUAUACGGUGGCUAGACUUAAUUGUGGUUUGCAUGAUUAUCUCAAGCAACCUGAUCAUAUCUCGAAACUCCCUAAAUUCGUGCCAGGGGAAAUCAUUUGUUGCGAAACAACUCCAGGUGGUAAUGUUGUCAUGAUACAAGAGACUAUGUUUGCUUGUGGUGGUUUUGCAAUAGGCAUAGUUACUCCGCACCAUGUAUUUGAUGCAACGUCUUUAAUAGUAUUCCUCAAAGCUUGGGCUACAAUGAUUCGAGAAGGAGUAGCGAUACCUCCCGAUUUCAGCUCCUCCUUUUUGUUUCCUCAAAACCCUAAAUUUCCAAAUGAUGUGAUGAGCUCAAUUAUACCAAGCCAGAUAUAUGGUAGAGAUGGUAACUUUAUUUUCAGGAGGUUCAUGUUUGAAGGAUCAGCUGUAAGCAAUCUUAAAUCCAAGGCAGCAAGCUCUGGAGUGCGUAACCCAACACGCGUAGAGGUUGUGCUUGCAUACCUCUUUAGAUGUGUCAUGUCUGCAUUGAAGGCGAAAUAUGGUGCCCAGAAGUCAAUUUUGAUGUCUAUUGCGGUGAACUUGCGAUUGAGGGUUGUGCCGCCAUUACCGAAAACAAGUGUGGGAUGUUUAGUUUUGCUAGUACCCGUUUUAAUUGGUGAGGAAACUGAUUUGUGUAGUUUCGUGGGCCGGGUGAGGGAAAGCGUAUCCACAAUCAAUGGUGAUUUUGUGAAGAGCCUUCAAGGUGCUCGAGGAUUGCAACGAUUUUUGGAGUUUGCGGCAAAGACUCGUGAAUCAUACUCGAAGGCUUUGUCUGAUGGAGCCGAAUUCAUUGUGUUUAAUAGCUGGUGUAACGCAGGCAUGUACGAUGUUGAUUUUGGUUGGGGGAAGCCGAUAUGGUUUCCAACUAUUCCUCUGGGGAUUCGUGGAUCUGUGAUUAGUCUCUUGGAUGCUAGAAUGGGUAAUGGAAUAGAAGCAUGGGUGACUUUGGAAGAAGAAAUCAUGUAUGCGGUAGAGCAUGAUGAGGAACUUCUUUCAUUAGCCUCAGUUAAUCCAAGUCCUCUAGGAAUUGAUUCAUUGACGUCAAACCUUUGA